GUGUGUGUGUGUGUGUGUGCCCUUGUAAUUAUAUCAUCAUGGGGACUUCAGUGUGUUUACACAGUCACGGUGUGGGGACCAAAAUCUUUGUGGGGACCAAAAUCAUGGUCCCCACAACGGAAACCAUGCUAAAUCAGCAGGAGAGAGCCUAUAUAAGGUCUGGAGUGACUAUCAGUGGUGGCCCAUAACUGAUGAUUUUUACCUGGAGUGUGUGUGUGGGAGAUGCUCUACAGCGACGCUAGCGGUCUAGACCAUGCUAUAGCAGGCGAGGAUUCAGACACACACACACGCUGUAAAUUUGCAUAGCGCGGUAACGUACACCUAAUUUGCAUACGGCGCGGGAAAACUUCUAGAGUGAAGACGACGCUGGAAAAGUAACUGGUAAGUUGGAGGCACUUUAUUUCGGUUUCUUAUUUUAUAUUUGCAUGUAAAUAAAUGCAGAUAUUGUAUAUACAAUUAAAUGCAGUAAGUUGUUUUUGGAGAACGUAAGGUUUCGACUACAUUUAAUGUGACAAAUAGUAUAUAAAGUAUGCAAAAAUAAUACCGAACUCGGAAUUUUGUGGUAUUUACGCGCAGUCCUCAGGAGUAGUCGUAUAGCCAAAAGUGAAUAAUUUUAAGUUUUUUCAGUCUCUCUAUAUUAACAAGUAGACAUGUGGCUAGUUAGAGUAUUUUAUUGGAUGUAGUUCUUUGUGUAGUUUGAUUAUUAUUACGCCUUCGAGUGCUUUGUAUCUUAAGUGCUAUCAUAAUGUUUGCUUUACGUCGACAGUAAGCUAAUGCAUUUCGCACGUAGGCUUAAAAUAGUCUACAAAAUACAUUCCUGUUAUUUUAACAUAUUCUUUAUUCUGAAAUAGCUUUGCGAAGUGUCCAGUUUAGUUAAAAUAGAUUUUGUUUGAUGUGUAUCUCGUUUUUAUAAAUGGAAAAACAGGACGUCGAGUAACCAGCUAUAAUAGCGCAUUUGUUUAGCUAGACUGCCAUUGUAGUAAUAUAACAAUAUAGAAAACUGGGUAAGUAAUGUCGUGAGGAUAGUAAAUGUAUUUUUUAUUUUAAAUUGUUCUGUUAACUAUCCGUCAUGAGUGUGAUAGAUACUAUGCAAUGAUUUCAAUUUAUCUUAUGAGGUUUAAUGAUUUUAACUAGUUUAAAAUUAAUUUGCUUUUGAAUUUGCAGAGCUCAAAAUGUCUCGACGAAUCAGUCCUCUAAAUGAUGCUAUUUCACAUGUCGCCACAAAGACAGACAAGAGUACAAAAUUAGAGAUCAAGUACAUAAGUCCGUUAAAAGGCCGUGGAGUGUUCACACUUGCUCCAUUCUUGCACGGGGACUUUAUUGUUGAAUAUAGAGGUGAAUUGAUUAAUUUUGCUGAGUCAAGCAGAAGAAGAGAAGUCUAUCACAAGUCCUGCACAGUCUUUAUGUUUGACUUUAAAUGGAGUAGUCGGACAUGGUGUAUUGAUGCUAGUAUAGAAGAUGGAUCGUUUGGCCGGCUAGUGAACGAUGACCAUCGAAACCCCAAUUGUCGAAUGAAAGUAAUUAAAGUGGAUGGAAAGCCACAUCUGUGUCUUUUUGCAUUAAGAGAUAUAAAAGAGGGAGAAGAAAUAACCUACGAUUAUGGCACAAACGAUUGGCCAUGGAGAGAAAAGGUCUGUUCGCAUUUGACAAAUGACAUGACAGCCGAGAAGACCGACAAGGAUUCUGGCGAGACCAACCAAAUGGUUACAGAUGAAGAUGACCAUUUGGUAACUUCUGAUUCAGCUGGACAACAGCAUUUGACAAAUGACAUGACAGCCGAGAAGACCGACAAGGAUUCUGGCGAGACCAACCAAAUGGUUACAGAUGAAGAUGACCAUUUGGUAACUUCUGAUUCAGCUGGACAACAGCAUUUGACAAAUGACAUGACAGCCGAGAAGACCGACAAGGAUUCUGGCGAGACCAACCAAAUGGUUACAGAUGAAGAUGACCAUUUGGUAACUUCUGAUUCAGCUGGACAACAGCAUUUGACAAAUGACAUGACAGCCGAGAAGACCAACAAGGAUUCUGGCGAGACCAACCAAAUGGUUACAGAUGAAGAUGACCAUUUGGUAACUUCUGAUUCAGCUGGACAACAGUCCCAGUACUCAGAUAGUGAAGCUGGUGCUGAUGAAUGUGUACCCAGACUCAGAAGAACACGGAGUAUAAAAAUGAAUGAGUUCGUUCCUGAGGGUUCAGAGGAGCUCUUUGAUUCCUUGUCAGAGAGUGGUGAGGACUAUGUUCCCAACUCAAGUGAGGACAGUGAGAGCAGUUGCUCAAGUUUGUCAGCUUCCAAAUCAAAACAGAAAUCUCAAGACAGUGCCUCUUAUGAGUUUAACUGGAAAGCUCCUGAUAGUACUACAGUGGAUAUAGAAGUCAGCUGCAGUUCUGAGGAGAUGGAAGAUGAUGACAAUAUGGCUGUUUUCACAAGUAAGAUUAGGGAAGGAGGGAAACAUGCUGUCCUGGUUUCUGCUGUAAAGAAGAAGUGUGGUGGAGGCAGAGCAUACAAUAAAAGACACUACUGCUUGUAUUGCAUGCAACCAUACAGCAAAAUUGCAAGACACCUUGAACAAAAACAUGAGAAUGAGAGAGAGGUAGCAAAGGCCUGUAGUUUUCCAAAGGGGUCAAAACAGAGGAGAAUGCAUUUAGAUUUUCUCAGGAAUAAAGGGAACUUUGCCCAUAAUGCAGCUGUUAUUAGGACGGGUGAAGGACAGCUUGUUGCUUGCAAACAGCCACACAAUGAAAGUAGAGGAGAUGACUACUUGCACUGUGCAUAUUGCCAGGGAUUAUUUCUUCGAAAGAUUUUAUGGCGACAUGUGAAACUGUGUAAAUUUUGUCCUAAAGGCACUAAGUCAGUUCAGGGAAAAAAUAGAGUGCAAGCACUUUGUGCUUUUGCAGAGCCUGCACCUUCUGAAGUCAGUAAACAAUUAUGGAAGACACUUAGUGGCAUGCAAGCUGAUGAAGUCACGAAAGCCCUGAAAAACGACAGUCACAUAAUUAAAAUUGGGGAGCAUUUACUUAACAAAAAAGGAUCGAGUGAUGCAGCACAAACCUGGACUAGACAGACUUUGCGAGAACUUGGAAGACUCUUGGUUACUGCCAAAAAAUAUACAUCGCUGAAAACAAUGGAAGAUUUUAUUAAUCCCUCAAAAUAUUUGGAAGUUAUCAAAGCAGUUCAGAUUACAUGUGGAUACCAAAGGGAAACCGAAAAAUACAAAAUCCCCUCUCUUGCCCGUAAACUUGGAAACAGCUUAGUGAAGCUGAGUAAACUCGUUAAAGCUCAAGCAUUAAUUACAGGUAAUGAAGUACUGGAGAAGAAAGCCACAGACUUUCAAGAAGUCCACAAAGAGAAGUGGAAUGAGCUGGUGUCUGCCACUGCUGGACGGAACGCUGCAGAAAUAAAGUGGAAUGCACCUUCGCUAUUACCAUUUACACGAGAUGUGCAAAAACUGCAUGCUUAUUUGGACAAAACACUGGAUGAGUGUGUCUGCCAGUUGUCAUCUGAGGCUUCGGUCAAGAAUUGGUCUGCUCUUGCUAAAGCAUGCUUGGCUGAAAUAAUAUUAUUCAACAGGCGUAGGGAAGGAGAAGUUUCAAGAAUGCCCUUGUCGGCAUUUCUCUCCAGGGACACCUCUGGCCAUCAUGAUGACUUAGACUGGGCUCUUUCAGAGCUUGAGAAAACCUUGUGCAAACAUUACUCCAGGAUUAUCAUCAGAGGGAAAAGGGGCCGGCCUGUUCCUGUAUUGCUUACACCUAAAAUGUUACAAGCAUUGGAGUUGCUAGUGAAGAACAGGGAGUCUUGUGGAGUGCUAGAAGAGAAUGGAUAUAUGUUUGCUCGACCAUUAGCCAUGACCCACAUCAGAGGGUCUGACUGUUUAAGGAGAUUUUCUCUUGCUUGCAAUGCUUCCUGUCCAAAGGCAUUGACAUCAACGAAGCUACGAAAGCAUGCUGCAACACUGUCAACUAUUCUAAACAUGAGCAACACUGAAAUGGAUCAGCUUGCCAAUUUUCUAGGCCAUGAUAUAAGGGUCCAUCGUGAAUUUUACAGAUUGCCAGAAAAAACACUGCAGCUGGCUAAAGUAAGCAAAGUGCUGAUGGCACUUGAAAAGGGAAGGAUAGCUGAUUUUCAGGGAAAGAAUUUGGACCAAAUUAACAUUGACCCAAACGAGACAAUUGAUGAGCUUACUGAGGAGGAAUUCAUGACUGAAGAUGAAGUGGAUUCCGAGCUGCUGAAUAAAGGAACUACGUCUGGAGCAAUUCCUCCUGUGCAGAGAGAAAUGACCAUACAAAAGAGGCAAAGGACCACAGUGACAACUGGAACAAAUCCUGGGCCAAGAAUACAGACAAAGAAAAAAUGGAGUCAGAUGGAAAUUCAGGCUGUUGAGAGACAUCUGAUGAUAUUCCUUCAAUCCGGUCGGGUACCAGGGAAAGCAGACUGUGAUAAAUGUCUAAAGAAAGAACCAGAAGCUCUCAAAGAUAGAGAUUGGCAGAGUAUCAAGUAUUACGUUCAUAACCGAAUUGUUUCUAACAAAAGAAAACUACUGUCAGCUUAAGUCAGUAGCUUAAGUGACUAAUUUGUUUUAUAUAGAUACUGCAGCUAAUACAGGUAUUUUAUUUCCCCCCAGAUUUUUAAGUUGACUUUAUAGGGUAAAAUUUUAGUUUUGUAAGUAGCUGCAAAAGAAAUUUUUAGUUGUUGAAAGAGAAAAUGGUAAAGUGUUUUUAGUUUUUUACUUGCUUUUUAUGGUGAUAAUUGACAUGAUUAGGGGGAAAAUGUUUGCAUUUUUAUUUUCAAAUGGAAAGAGUGAAAACAAUGUUCAGAAGCUUUAAGUGGUCAUAAGUAACUAUAAAGAGGUACUCAAAUACAAUGUUAACUCCCAGGGCAAAUCUGUGUGUAGCCAGCCGAAAUGGUAUUAUUCUGUGUUUGGGUGAGGUGCUGUGAAUUAGAAAAGACAAUAAAUAUUUGGAAUAUGA